UCUGCUUGGUGCCGGCUCGCAGCAGACGGCAUCGCGAAAAUUGUUGCGACAAGCCGUCUCUGUUCUUGCGCAGGGGGUGUGGUAGUGUGUGCUUGCAUGUGCGUGCGUUCUUUAUUCUGUUUCCGGAGGAAGUGACCACCAAGGCAGACGAGAGAUUGAUUCGUAAGUGUACGCCCCUGCAUACCGGACAUGACGGAUAAAAAGCAAAUACCCUGUGAGCUCAACAACCUGAAAGGCGGAAGUGACGACGAAGGUGCGGCCGAGGACGCUCCACACAUGCCGGACAGGGGACAGUGGACCGGAAAACUUGACUUUCUCAUGUCCUGUGUCGGCUACGCGAUCGGCCUGGGAAACGUCUGGAGGUUUCCCUACUUAUGCUACAAGAACGGAGGCGGAGCGUUCUUGGUUCCGUACCUGCUGACCUUAUUCCUGGCGGGUAUCCCAACGUUUUUCCUUGAGACGUCGCUAGGACAGUUCCUGAGCAUUGGAGGCCUAGGCGUCUGGAAGAUAUGCCCUGUCUUCAAAGGUGUGGGCUACGCAGCAGCGGUGAUGUCCUUCUGGCUCAACUCCUACUACAUCGUGGUGCUCGCCUGGUCCCUGUACUACAUCUACUCGGCGCUGUCGUCCGAUGUCCCCUGGCGGUCGUGCGAUAACUGGUGGAACACGGAGAACUGCCGCUCCGAGUACGAGCCAUUCAACUGCUCGGCACAGCUCCGUUCCUGUCCGGACCCAAAGCUGAUCAGGAGCCCCGUCAAGGAAUACUGGGAGGGCAAUGUGCUGCAGAUCACGGGAGGCCUGCACGAACCGGGCGACCUGCGCUUGCCGCUGGCAAUCACUCUGCUCAUAGCCUGGGUGCUCUGCUACUUCUGCAUCUGGAAAGGCGUCAAGUGGACCGGCAAAGUGGUCUACUUCACUGCCUUGUUCCCCUACCUGCUCCUCUUCAUCUUGUUGGUGCGCGGCCUUACAUUACCCGGCGCCUUCGAAGGCAUCAAGUUCUACGUCCUCCCCGACAUGAACAGGCUGUCCGAUUCGAUGGUCUGGAUUGAUGCUGCAACACAGAUCUUCUUUUCGUACGGGUUAGGACUGGGCUCAUUAAUAGCUCUGGGCAGCUACAACAAGUAUCACAACAAUGUAUACAAGGACGCCCUAAUCGUCUCCUGCAUCAACAGUGGUACCUCCAUGUUCGCUGGCUUCGUCAUCUUCUCGGUCAUAGGAUUCAUGGCCCACUCACAGGGGAAGGACAUUGCCGAUGUCGCGGCCUCAGGUCCGGGGCUCGCGUUCCUGGCGUACCCUUCAGCUGUUCUGCAGCUUCCGAUAUCUCCUCUCUGGGCGGUGCUUUUCUUCCUCAUGAUCGUCAUGCUGGGACUGGACAGUCAAUUCUGCACCCUGGAGGGAUUCAUCACGGCCGUAGUCGACGAGUGGCCGCGGCUGUUGCGACCGCACAAGGAGAUCUUCAUUGCGAUCGUCUGCUUUGUUUCCUACUUAAUUGGACUCAGCUUUGUCACACAGGGUGGCAUGUACGUGUUCCAGUUGUUUGAGUACUACGCUGCCAGCGGGUUCGCGCUGCUGUUCCUCAUCUUCUUUGAAGUGGUCUCCAUAUCUUGGUCAUAUGGUGCGGCACGCUACUAUAAGAACCUGGAAGACAUGAUUGGCUACCGACCGUGCAUGUGGUGGAAGUUCUGUUGGGUUUUCUUGACACCAUGCGUCUGCUUUGGAGUAUUCGUGUUCAGCCUGGUGCAGUACCGGCCGUUGAAGUACAUCGACUACGUGUAUCCGUGGUGGGGCCAGCUCUUCGGAUGGAUCCUUGCCCUUUCAACCAUGCUGUGCAUCCCUGGAUACGCCAUCUACAAGUUCAUCGUCACACCAGGAGACCUACGCACGCGCUGCAAGGAGCUGUUCCGCCCGGACGUGGACAUCGACACCGAAAUCCGAGCCCGGAAACAUCGAGAAAGGUGCAUCACAGCAACUGCCGUCUGAGUGAGCUGUCAGCGCCCGCGCGAACAUUCCUUCGUCCGAUGCCUCCUUCGUGCCCUGACGACGGACAGCCUCUGCACGGACCACUUCGAAAUUAUGCUCCCUACCCACUCAGACGCUCAAACCUUCAAUCAUGGCUUGCAAUUUUGGAGUCCGUUUCAACAUCCACAGUGCUCGACUGUAACGACUCGAUUUACUUAAAUGUAGCGUUUUUCGUAACAGCAUUGUCACCUUAAUGUUAUGUGUCAGGUAAGGAAUAUACGGUUUGUCCAGUUUUACCUGUUGGAAAGUUCAACAGCGGUGCCGUAAGAAGAUGCGCUUAAUUUUUAUAAAAUUGACCGAGUGCAAUAAAAUGUACCGCGGCGGUUCGCACUUUCGGCUCUUAGCGGACACCGGAAAGUAGACGAAUGUUACCAGAUCCUAAUUUCAUUAAGUACACGCACUGAACUUGUAUCUUCUCGUGUACGCACUCAGGCCUUAGUGAUGUCUAACAGGACAUUAGCUGAGGUACUUUGUUAAUAACUUGAGGAGAAAAGGAGCGGCGCUAAGCAAGCCAGGUUGUUGAUUGGUGUCCUCUUUUUUAGUCCUCCUCAACUCAUCGUCGCACGUUUGCCCACAUUCAGUGAUGUUAUUAUCAAAUACUGGGCUCUUCGUUCCCGCAGAGAGGCACUGCGCAGACGACUGCGCAGUAGGGCUCAUAACUGCACCGCGGAAUAUUGCUCACGCGGGAGUUAGUGCAUGACACAGUGGUAAGCGAAAGCCGCGCAAGAAAGAAAGGGCUUUAUGCAUGCCAAGUAACCGACAUCUUGUCAAGGCAUUACACUUGCUAAGCGCAGAUCAAGAGCACAACUGGAACCGCUCUGCGGCUACGUAUCAGGAACGAACCAUUCGAGGAGGUUGUGGCACGUACUGUCUGUCAUCUGUGGAGGCGAUUUAAGUGCUGUCAUUAGCUGAUGGUGACAUUUUUUGGUGCCCCCUGACGCUAUUAGGCCGUCGAUGAUAUACGUGUGCUUCGUGGUUGUUUUUCCAAACAUUUCUUCUUUUCUCAUCUGUAGCAGAGCGACCGACAGGAGCGAUCCAAAUGGACUUUGUCUGGCUAUACGCUCACAUCACAAAAUGUUAAGAAAAUGUAAUGAGUUUUGGUGUUUUGGAAUAUGUCUUGCCCAGUCACUUUGCACGAUCCAUCUCAUAUAUUGAAUGUGCUGUACAGAUGCAGAUCAUUCAGCAUGUUGUCCACGCUACAAAAGACGGACAUGUACUCGAACAUCUGGAGCAUUCUAGUGAUCAUAAAUCCGAGUAUACA